AUGUCUGCAUCACACCCUUACGUCCUCGAUGACGAUGACGACAGGCCUAUUGACAACGAGGAGAGCGAAUUUGAUCUUAUCGACUAUGACUCUAACGAUGAGGAGCCUGAGGUUAUUUCUCAUAAGUCUCACACUAGCUCGACUGCCUCUGCACCUGACCCUGCGAGAGCUCCUUCUCUUCAGCGCUCAGAAGUCGUGAUAGGAAGUUACCGCUUGGGCAAAGGUCUAGUCAUUAGACCAGAUCAUACAGUCGAGCUUCGUGAUCACUUGACACAUGAAGUCAAUACCAGGCAUAGUAGUGAUUUCCUCCGUGUCAAGUACAUCGUCUUGAACUUGGAGACAGAUGAGGUCCGGCUUCGCGGUUACCGAAUGCGACGUGUCAAAUACCUUGGCCAGUUAUUUGACUGGAAGUUAAAUGAGCUUGCAAUGGUACUACGUAUCAAGGAACAUGACGACCGCACUCCGCUCGUUGCUGGGCUGGAAGAUGUAAACAUCGACGAAGUUUACCGCAUACGUGACUGCACACUCACAAGCAAGCCAUAUCCCUUCCUCAGUUUCCGGACUAGUGGUAGAUUGGCUGUCCCUAUUGGCAUCAGUCAAGAAGAGAUUAAGCUCCAAAUCUUCCAUGCGGGGAGACUCACCUGCAGAGUCAUCAACAUACAGUACAUGAAUCAACAUGAGAAAUCAUACAGUGGCAUCGUCCGGUAUCUUUACGCAAAAGAGGCAGAUGAGCUUAGGAACGUGGAUGUGAUGGCGCAAGCCGGUGCAUCUCGAAAGACAGCAAUAUCUCUCGGAGUCGAGGAUGAUGAUGAUGAUUGCGUAAUUGUUACUAAAGAUUGCCUUACUUCUAGGAACAGGAAGUGUCAUAGGCGCGCCGAUUCGACUAGUUUGGCCACUUCAAGAGGUAAAGCCAGAUUCAGCAACAAGAAAGACCAAAUAACCUAUGGAGACGUCUAUUGUGGCGUUGGUGGUGCGUCUCAAGGCGCUUUGCAAGCGGGCUACUCAGUUGUCUGGGGGUUGGACAAGGAUGAUCGGGCUAUUGAAGCUUACAAGAUGAACCACCGUAGUGCUUAUGCGUUGAAGAUGGAUGCACAUGAUUUUCCACCCCCAGGUAUUAGCAAGAAGGCAUGGAGGGUAGAUGUCCUCCACCUGUCCCCUCCAUGCUGCUAUUGGAGUCCUGCGCAUACUCAGCCAGGACCCAACGAUCAAGAAAAUUACGAGGCCUUAUACACAAUUGGCCCCAUACUAAAGAAAGUCAAGCCUCGAGUGGCAACACUCGAGCAGACCUCUGGUUUAUUGACAAGCCGAGCGCAUAAACAGAACUUUUUUACGUUGCUUAACGAUAUUGGCAAGGCUGGAUACGACUUACGAUACAAAAUCCAAGACUUGUCAGAAUUUGGUCUCGUGCAGCAACGUAAGCGGCUUCUGAUUAUUGCUGCUAGGCGCGGGAUGCCUCUGGCACCUUUCCCCAAACCCACACAUGGGCCUCCUGGUAGUGGCCUGAAACCCCUUGUCUCUAUCGGGGAUGCGCUCCGACCUUUGAGAAAUCUUGCGUAUGAGGCUGCCACCGAUAUCUACAAUCAGCCUCGUUUCUUUGCGUCUCCUAGAACGCCAUAUAGUGCGAACUCAUACCUGAAAGGCUGCAUCACUACAGGAGGGACCACCUCAUAUCACCCAUCUGGCACACGACCAUUCACUGCAAGAGAGCUUUCUCUCUUUCAAAGUUUCCCGCUUAGCUACCAAUUCACUGGAUCAAAAAGUGAGGCAACGAAGCAAGCAGGAAAUGCAUUCCCGCCUAUAAUGGCUGAGGCUUUGUACCGCAGCAUAGCCAAAACCUUGAAGGCAUUUGACCAGGACCUGAUUGGAGCGGAAGAUAUCGAAGAGCUUUCCAAAAAUGGCGAAGAGAUCAUCAACUUACUCAGUGAUGACGAUGAAGAGACCACCACCUUACUCAGUGCUCACGAUAAAGAGAUUGAGACUCUUAGUGACUGA